AGAUAUAUAAAUCGAUCAAGAUACCCCUUAUCAACUUCUUUGGAUAUGCUUCUCCUUAAGCACUAACAUCAGAAUUAUUACCUCCCUUUUAUCCCUUAACUUCUCUACAGCCAUACUCGUCACCAUGUACAGCAAGCUCAAUUCGGUGUUGGCGCUGCUACUUGCCGGCUCCGCGCUUCUGACCCAGUCCAUUGUGGAAAGCAAACUUGUAUUUGCUCAUUACAUGGUCGGUACUGUAGAUGCAAACACCAACCACGCGAAGUUGGAUAUAGAUGGGGCGAUCAAUGUCGGAUUUGAUGCCUUUGCCUUGAAUGUGGGAAACCCAACUGCAGAUUGGGCCAUAAACACCGCUCAGCAGCUCUUUGAUUACGCAAGCACUAAGCCAUUUAAGCUGUUCUUCAGCUUCGACUUCUAUGGCAAUGGAGAUAUAUCCCAGCACCAGGCCCUGUUCACUCAGUUCAAGGAUCAUGCCGCAUACUUGAAGUAUAAUAAUUUGCCCGUCGUAUCAUCAUACAGCGGGGGUAGCGUCGGCCCCGAUACGUGGAAGAAUUUCAAGAACACCAACAAUGUCUACCUCAUCCCGAACCCGGAAGCCGACGGUAAUUAUUACAACAACCCGUCUGCAUUUUUCCAGAGCUGGGGCGACGCCAUUGAUGGGGUUUUCACUUGGGAGACAUCCUGGCCCGAUACCUCUGACAGGCCCGUAAAUGUAUCUUCGACGAAGGACCAAGCCAUUAAAUCGGCUGCCGACGCCGCCGGCAAGGCUUAUAUGAUGGGCCUCUCUACUCUUCAAUACAAGCACUGCUGUGGCGACUCCUGGUACCGAGCCGGCGAAACAACCCUCCCUGAGCGAAUGGAGCAAAUCCUUUCGCUAUCGCCCGAUUUUACCGAAGUUAUUACCUGGAACGACGCCGGAGAAAGCCACUACAUCGGCCCCUGCUGGGCCGAGGGCCUAACCUCCGAGAUCCUCCAGUAUGGCAACUCGGACACGAUCCCCCACGACGGAUGGCAGCCCCUCAUCGCCUCCUUUAUCGAUGCCUUCAAAGCUGGGGCUACGUCCGUCGGAUCCAUGACUCCGCACUCCGGCGCUUUCGCAGGCACCAUGUGGUACCGGGGCGUUCUAACCAGCUGCAACGGCGAUUCACUGCGCGGUUCCGGUGCCGCUGUCGACGCGGUAAACUACGCGGUCGUUUUGCCGAAGGGUAGUUCGGGCAUGAGUAUCCGUGUCACGAGCGGGGGCCAGGUACUUGCUACGCAGGCCGUGAGCGCUGGGUUGAAUUAUAGAUCUGUCUCCGGGUUAAAGAAAGGGGCUCAGAAGAUAGAGCUAGUGAAUGGGAGUGGUCAGGUUGUUGCGAGUGCGAGUAGUAAGGUGGAUGUUUCGGAUAGCCCGACGAAUGGGUUCUGUAAUUUCAACUACUAUGUCGCUGGGCUGCAAUGAAGUUGGAGGGCCCUAGUUAGUCCAGUACCAGGAUCAAAUCAAUAUAG